AUGAGGGCAUUAAACCGGUACCUUCUUGAGCCUAAUGACCCCUCUGAUGUCACUGAGAUCAUUGGGAGUGGAAAGGUCGACAUGGGCUUCAAAGCCAUGAUCCACACUCUCGCUGCGAAAGCCCGCAACUUCCCAGUUGUUUCCGUCGGAUCGCUGUUGGAUGAACCCUUUACCGGUAUUGUCUACUUGAAGGAUAGUGGUGUUACCACUGACUUCCACUCCCUGAAAGGGAAGCGGAUUGGAUAUGUUGGUGAAUUCGGAAAGAUUCAAAUCGAUGAACUUACUAAGUACUAUAACAUGUCUGCAUCCGACUACACUGCCGUCCGCUGCGGAAUGAACAUUACCAAGGCCAUCAUUCGCGGCGAGAUCGACGCGGGCAUCGGCCUCGAGAAUGUGCAGAUGGUCGAGUUGGAGGAGUGGCUUGCGGAGCAGAAUCGCCCUCGUUCCGAUGUCCAAAUGCUUCGCAUCGACCAACUCGCAGAGCUCGGAUGCUGCUGCUUCUGCUCCAUCUUGUACAUCGGAAACGAGACAUUUAUUUCCCAGAGCCCGGAGAAGGUCUCCAAAUUCCUCAAGGCAGUCAAAAGAGCCACAGACUAUGUUCUCGCGAAACCCUCAGAAGCUUAUGAAGAGUACGUUGACGUCAAACCCGUUAUGGGCACUCCAGUCAAUCGUAAGAUCUUCGAACGUUCCUACGCCUACUUCAGUAAAGAUUUGAAAAACGUCCAGCGAGACUGGAUUAAAGUGACCAACUACGGCAAACGGCUCGACAUUCUGGACGCUAGCUUCGAACCAAACUACACGAACAAGUUCUUGAGCUGGACACUUGAGCCCGAAUCCGACGAUCCAACGGGCGACCAGUGUCGGAUGGCAGACUUGCAGCGCCUGGUUGCUGCUGAGGGUGGGUUCCGAAGACUUGAGCCCGCUGCGGUCAAGGCUUGA